AUUUAAAUCGUCCACAGUAAAAGAAUGCAUCCAUGCGAUACUGAAGGAGAAGCUGGCCAAUGUACAGUAUAUCCCAGAAGAAAUGCCUCAGCUUACAAAGUCUUUAUCAGAGACAAUAAAAGACAGACUGAAAGAGGAGGGAUUUGACAGGUACAAAAUGGUGGUUCAGGUUGUGAUUGGAGAGCAGAGAGGAGAAGGAGUGAAUAUGGCUGCGCGGUGUUUCUGGGAUGCUGACACCGACAGCUAUGCUCAUGAUGUGUUCAUGAAUGACAGCCUGUUUUGUGUGGCAGCUGCGUUUGGCUGCUUCUACUAUUGAAGACGGUACACACUGCACAGGACAGAGGUGGGGGAGAACGCCUUGGGGUAUUUUUUGUCAACGUGCACAAAAGCAUCAUGUUCUUCCUUUACUACCUAACAAAAUAGCAGCUCUCCAAAGCAUGUCCUACACCUGUUCUACACACUACAACAUUCCUUCUUCCUUGUGGAUAUCGGUACAGCUUUAAGCACAAUAUUAUUAUGUCCUUUAUUUAAAUCACCCUUUGUUUUUAUAUAGUGUGUUGGUUUUGUCCUAAAAGUGUAUUGCCAAUA